AUAAGCACGAUGCUCAUUUAGUUAUAAGUGGAGCAAAAACAAUUAGCAAAACUGUGAAUAAAGCUGUUUUAAUGGAACACAGUAGUGAAAUUCGGAAUGACACGCGAAAAUAAGCGUAGACUAAUAAUGCGUAUGUAGCACAUUUGGAUUUACUUUUCGGCGGUGCAACAUUGCUAUUCAGAGGGUUAUUUGGUUGGGAAUUUCUUUUCAAAACAGCACAGAGCUGACACAAGUUGGGUGUUUUCCCGAUCUCUCUGAUUUUCUCGGUUUCGACUCUCCUAGGGGUGUUCACAUCCCCAGGACUUCACCAAAAUGGAUCUCCUUUACGGAAGUGAUCAUAAGUUUAACGAUUUGGACGAAGACAUGAAUGAACUUUUGGAUAACGACGUUUUUCAAAGCCCAUCGACUACGGACUCUGGCCCCUCUUACAACAUGAACGACGACUGGUUUGACAGUUUCUUCGUGGACCCCGUUCUCAACGACAAGAUGAUCACAGAUGCUGCCCAGCCCCCUCACAUCAAGUGCGAGCACAGCUACUCCACCAUGAAUGACAACAGCCUCAGCAGCUCCGACGAACUUGGCGACAUCGGCAAAAUUGAAGAUCUUGAAUCAGAUCUCCUGAUCAGAAACGGAGCCCUUGACCUGUCCAUGAAAACAACCAGCGCCCUAAAGGACAUCAAACAGGAAUCCCUUGGCCACCACGACCCCUUGAUUCUGACCACGACCGCAACCCCGACCGUUCUGACCCGCACCAUCACCGUUCCUAAGCAACAGCCAACAAUCAUCCUCGCCUCGUCUCAAGGUCACUCGAUGCUGUCUGAGAGAUCUUUUCUGUCGAAAUUCACAGUGAAGACAGAGCCCCAAGAUACGAGUGAUAAUGAAGUGAAUGUUGACACCUUGCCGCCCACUCCCCCCAGCAGUAACAACAGUGACAGCGACAGCUGCCCCAGCCCCCAUCGGUCUGCCCCCUCCAGUCCGGUGAGACAUUUCCCAUACUCUCGGCCUACAGACCGCGGGUCGUCAUCCUACUCGUCAUCGUCGCUGUCUCCCACGGGCUCUACAAGGAGCUACUCAUCGCAUUCAUACUAUUCAUCCAGCCAAAGCGAAACCGUGGACAUCGUGUUCCAGCAGAUCCCCACGUCGGGGGUGCUGGUUCUCACGGAGGAGGAGAAACGCACACUGGUCUCCGAGGGUUACCCCAUACCCUCAAAACUACCCCUUACCAAACAGGAGGAGAAAAAUCUGAAAAAGAUACGCAGGAAGAUUAAGAACAAGAUCUCAGCUCAGGAAAGCAGGCGAAAAAAGAAAGAAUAUCUGGAAGCAUUAGAGAAAAGGGUGGAGUCUUUCUCUCAUGAGAAUAGUGAACUCAAGAAGAAAGUAGACACACUGGAGAAUAAUAACAGAUCUUUAAUGAGCCAGUUACAGAAGCUGCAAAGCCUCGUGGGUAAAAUUCCCCGGCCUAAUGGUGCUGUACCGCAGACAGGCUUGAUGGUUCUGGUAUUAUGUUUUGCGGUCUUUAUGGGGAGUUGGUCACCCUCCUCCCUCAAUGUUGGUUAUGGCGUGCCUAAACCCAACGGGCUUCCCGUGAACAUGCCCUUCGCCAACCCACAACUUGUAAAGCCUGCACCUCUCAUGGGCCCCCAUCUUGCGGGCGCAAAGGUGGAUGCUUACUGUACCCCACCCAUGAAGUCUCGUGUUCUGAUGUCACUAAGGGGAGAGCAAGAUGAUCUGAACUGGUAUGAUAUUUACGGCCCCAGUGUGCCUUAUGCCGAACUAGACAAAGAAACAGACCCCUUGCAGGACCUAGCUCAUUCUGCCGAGUACGCACCUAAAGCCUCCGCCAUCAUGGCGUCCGUUGUCAACGACGAUGACAAACUCACACACCAAGAGGCUGAAAAAGUCAUCGAACCCUCUAGAAUUGAGACUGCCCAGGUGAUGUCUGCUACCAAGUCAGUUGUCAAUGGCGAGAUCAUAGAGGUCACAGUUGAUGGACGAUUUGGUCACGCCAACACAUCACGUGAUGAAGUCCUGAAGAGCAGGGUCCGGGUUGGUGACGUUGCUGGGGAGCUUAAAAUGGAGGGCAUUGUAGAAAGUGCUGAUAACAUUUGAAAUGCAUUAUUUAUAUUUAUCUGUGUAUAGAUGUAGGAUUUCGUUGCCUGGGUUACAUUGGCAUUUAUUUGUUGCAUAAUAAACUUGUGGGAAGUCUCUGUUUUUGGGUACUGUAAACAAUUGUGCGUAGAUAUCGUAGACGUAAACUUAUGGGAACUGCAUUGGUUGGUUUAUUAUUAAGUGUGCACGUUUUAUGUGGAAUUAUUUUAAAGUUAAUGAUUUUUUUAAAUGUAUGUGAUCUUGUUUGCAUAUUUUUGCUGUGUUGUACUGUUAAGAAUGAAAACAAUGUAGUGCUUUUUGUUGGAUAAUGGUGCCACAAUAACUGGAUUAUAUUUGUUUUGAUUUAAAUGUUAGAUACAUGACUGGUUACAAAACAACAGGGCUAUUGAAAGUAUUAAUUCGAUAUUGAAUCAGCACAAAGCUUUUGCAAAGCAUUAUAUUAUUUUGAUCAUAUUUCUUGAUCUGAAUGAUAAACUCCUGUGCUCUGUGUAAAUAUUAUUGAGACAGUGAAACCAUUGUACUGGUUCACUUCAGUUGUAUUUAUUCAUUAUCAACUAUUGUGCAAAAGGUGUUUUGUAGAGCAUACGAGAGAAUAUAAGCUGAAAAUGGCGAGAGUGAUUUGAUUGGACUGCUUGCGAACAUGUAUAUAGCCCAUUUUCAAAUACUUUAUCAUGCUUGUGAUGUUCAAAUGUGGACCAAUCAUGUUGCUGCAUUCUCUGCCAAUGAAUAUUCAUUAAUGAGUGAGUGUUCAUUACUAACAAUUACCCAUUGAAGUCAUUGUUUUUAAUAUUCAAUACCUAUUUUUGGUAUCGGUUUCAUUUCAGUAGCAUUUUUUCAUUGUUUUUUAACAUGAUAAUAUGGGAAUGACCCUAGAUUAUCAUCUUUUCAUUACCUUUCAUAUUAUUGGCUUUGUUAUGUUUUAUGCAAUUAUUUAACAUGAUUUUUGUUAUUUUUAUUUUAUUGUAUUUAUUCUCAAAAGAUAGAAUAUGAUGUUUUGGCUGCUGUGUAUUUGUUGACAAAGGGAAGUUGUUCACAAGGUCAUGUUUCAAAUCGUAAAAUUAUGAGCAACUGUUUUAAUGAUGGCAAAAGUCAAUUGUUGACUUUGAGUAUACUCAAAGGAACUGGCAAAUAUAAGAUUUUUGGACAAAGAUGUACUGAUCGGGAAAAUCCAAGUUUUAUUAAACAAGGGGGUUAGUUAUACUGCGUAUCUUUUGGUAACAAACUUCUGUCUCGGGCAGCUGAUUGGGACAUGCAUUUCCACGUUUGACAAUUGUUGAAGGUGAAAAAAAACAGUUCUGUAUUUGCAUAAUAGAAUAAAAAAAAUGUGUGCUUUAUAAAUCUUCAAAACUGUAAAAAAUGUGUUGUAUGUACCUAAAAUAUUUUUUUACUCUAUAAUAUAAAAUGAAAAGUUCUUAAAUAUAUAUAUAAAUAAGAUUAUUUAAAAAAAACACUCGAUUUAAUGAUGUUCUGCAUUUAAACAACACAGAAUGUGUUCACUUUUGAACUGGUCACUGUUCAGAACUCUGUUUAUAACAUACUUGUUCUUUGUAUAUUAUUGAAUUUAGUGUAUCAUUUUUUUAUGAAUUUAUAAAUGAAUAUUUUUACGGUAGUUAAUUUUCUGUCAGGUAUAAAUGAUUAUUGCUGAAAACCACUGAACACAUACCACUUAAGGUGGAGCAAUUGAAAAUAAAUACUGUAGUUUAAAUAGUUGUGGGAUACUUUUAUUUGAAUAAAUGCGUUUGAUGUUGCUGUUAUUCAAUUAAAAACAUUGGGAAGAUUAAUAUUAGUAAAGCAAACCAUUUUACUGUGAUAGUUUUUAAUUAUGCAUGACAAGUAGAGGAAACCAUAUAUUGCAUACCACUGGUGACAAGAAACUGUGUUGAUAUAUUCAUUGAUUGCUGAAUAUAAUUGUAUGUCAUGAGAUAAAAUUAUAAGUUGUAUAAAUAACUGAAAGUCAACUUUGUUGAUAAAUAGACUAUGAUCGACAUUGGAGUACACAUGUUUCAAGAACACAUGCAACAUUGCAAAAACAAACAUCAAUCAAAUAUAGUUAUCAUUGGGUUUCUUUGCAAAGAGGAGAUUUCUAUUAUAUAUUUUAUGUAUCAAACAAAAGUGGGAUUAGCUAGUCAAUUAUUGUAUACUUUUUGUUAAAGUUUAUUUGUCAUUACAUAUAUACAUAAUAUAUAACUCAUGUGUUUUCUUUUGUCCAUGCAAUGUCGGGGUUGUGGUAUUGUUCAUAACCUACAUUUUGUUGUUUCAAUUUAUUUCAUGUUUAUAUUGCCAAUGGUGCCUUCUGAUUGUUGGACUUCUGUCUAAAUUCCAAACCAUUUGAUUCAUACGCUGUUUUAUUAAAACCAAUGCCAGGUUAUCAGGUGUAUGUGCAUUCUUGAGAUGUUUGCAAAGAUAUCAAGUUCUGGCUCCACUCUGGAAACGAACUCCAGAGCGUCUCAAUAAGCCUUCGGCUUUUGAUGCAAUUGAGCCAAAAUAAAUAGGUUUAAAAAAUGGAAUCUGCAAUUAACUGCUCUUACUUUUACCAGUUCCUCUUUUUAUUUAAAAAGACAAAGUCCAAACAGUCUGAUACUAGUGGCAACAUGUUUAGUCCCUUGGGAGCAAAGAUGGACCAUCAGCCUGUGCUUAAAGAAGGCUGAUAAGCCUAUCUGGCUUUUUAAGGUACAAGAAGCUUGUUCUUUUUUAUUUUGUACAUAUUUAUGAUGUUGAACAUUCUAUAUUUUAUCUCCAUGUUGAUGUAGACAUUCAAUGAGGCGGAGUCGAGAAAUUGUGCUUUGUGGGGCAAGCACCCUUUAUGCAAAUAAAAUGAAAGAAAAAAAAUCUAUAUAUUUUAUUGAAAAAUAAAUACUUCACUUAUUACAAGCA